CGUCGACGCCAUAUUUAUGCCAGCGCUGCCGUGGUGGCUUGUUGUGUAGUGCUGCUGCUGUAAGAUCCACCACCAGUGUGGCCGACACAGUCCUCCCUUUUUCUCUCUCUCUCUCUCUCUCUUCUCCCCCACUGUUAGUCGAGCACCAUGGCGGAACGAGAGGACGCAGUCUACCAAGCGAAGCUUGCCGAACAGGCGGAAAGAUACGACGAAAUGGUGGAGUCGAUGAAGAAAGUGGCGAGUCUGGACUUGGAGCUGUCCGUGGAGGAGAGGAACCUUCUGUCGGUGGCGUACAAGAACGUGAUCGGCGCGCGGCGAGCCUCCUGGAGGAUAAUCAGCAGCCUGGAACAGAAGGAAGAAAGCAAAGCGGCCGAAGAAAAGCUGACGAUGUACAGAGAUUACCGGAAGCUGGUGGAGAACGAGCUGAAAUCAAUUUGCAGCGACAUUCUGGAUGUGCUGGACAAUCACCUCAUCGCAUCCUCAACCACGGGAGAGUCCAAGGUUUUCUACUACAAAAUGAAGGGAGACUACCACAGGUACCUUGCGGAGUUCGCCACAGGCAACGACAGAAAGGAAGCAGCAGAGAACAGCCUUGUGGCGUACAAGGCAGCCAGCGACAUCGCCGUGAACGAUCUCCCGCCCACGCACCCCAUCCGCCUCGGGCUGGCCCUCAACUUCUCAGUUUUCUACUAUGAAAUCCUCAACUCGCCGGACCGCGCCUGCAGGUUGGCGAAGGAAGCCUUCGACAGCGCCAUCGCCGAGCUGGACACACUGAGCGAGGAGAGCUACAAGGACUCCACCCUCAUCAUGCAGCUGCUACGUGACAACUUGACACUUUGGACCUCAGACGUGCAAGGAGACGGUGACGAACAGAACACAGACGCCCCCCCACCGGAAGUGGAGGACGAGGCCAAGUGAGACCUGAACGCCUCGUCACGAUCUCUUCCCUCCUCCCUCUCGUCUCCUCACACUUCCCAUUCUUCUUCUACUACUUUCUCUUCCAUUUCUCCCCUUUCCUCGUAUGCACACCAUCUCACACCCUGCCAUCUCAUUUUCCAAGACUUUUUUUGCAAGAUUGUGCCCUUUUUAAAAAAUCUACAAAAAAAAAAAAAUCCCCAGUCUUCUUUUGACACUUUCUGCUUCAUGUUGCCAAGUCCGCUCGCCUGUUUCUGUCACUCACACGCUGUGCUACAUUAGUGUGUGUGUGUGUGUCUUUAAACGCUUCGUUAUGUUACGUGGAGAAAAGGGAAGCGUGGAAGCUUUUUAGGAACAACUCAAGUGCCCUCUUUAUAAAUCCAACAGGUCUUCUCGCUACUAUUGUUUGAUAUUGUUUGGUUGUAAAACGACAAACUGCAGAAUGUCGCCGCUCUCUGACCUCUGCUCUUUUCAUCCGAACUCUUGUGCUAAUUAAUGGCUAACGGCGGCAGAUAGCUAGCUAGCGUGUUAAUAAGGUUGUGUUUGUGUGAAUGUGUGUGUGAGUGUGUGAUUUUUGAUUGUAACAUAAUGCAGUUUUUGCAUGGGCACGAACGGUGUUAAAAAAAAAAAAAACACAAAAAACUGUUUGGGAAAUGGAGUAUUCCUACUUAACCAACCCCUCCCCUCCACCCUACCCUUCCCGGUGUCAUCAUCUUCUCUUUCGCCUACUCGUCAUCUCCUCCUCUUCCUCCCCCUGGUCGGUGUGUGUUACGUGAAUCUGAUUUGUACUACUGGAUAUUGUCAUCGGAGCCACAAGUACCAUCUGUAUUCUUCUUACUGAAAACACAGCAUGGAAUUAACAUUAAAAACUUCAAACUGAAACAA